CUUCGUAUGUGAAUACCGAUGAAAACGGUGUGCUGUACUUGAUCGUCGAGAGAUUUUUCUUCGUUUUCAAGCACCGCUUUCAUUCGUAAUUUGCUCUUACUUGCUGAUUUGUUAUCUUUGGAAGAGUUUUUUGAAAACUAUUUUGAGUACGAAGCUCUGACAAUUCACAGAAAAUUUCGUUGUGCUGUUGUAGUGGCCUACUCAUCGUAAUGGAUUUGGCCAGGAUUUCUGGACUAAAAGUUGAAGAGUUGAAAGACUUUUUACGACUUUGUGGAUUGCGUGUAACGGUAAAGAAAGAAGAAUUAGUGGCAAGAGUUUUCGUUGCCGUUGAAAACAAUGUGCCUGUGCAAAAAUCAGCGGAUGCUGUCCAGCGUGAGAUUGCUGAAGAAUACGCAGCAAAGUUGUUUGUUGCUGGAAACCGAAUACCAGACCCACUAACGUUGACGCAUGGCUGGCUAAGUGAAGAAGAUAGUAUUCGAUACUGGCCAGUUACUCUCUAUCCAGACAUUUUCAAUUUUCUUGCCUUCCACCCAAAUGAGCUUGCCAGUACCGAUCUUAGUGACUACAAGACAUCAAAAGCCUACAGUUACUUCUCUCAAGGAUGGCUAGCACCAUUGCAAUUUAAUGGCAUUAAUGGAGAUAGUAAAAUUUGUCUCCUAAGGGGAACAUGCAGACCUUCGCAAAGAAUAAAUGAUGUUCCUCACAAGCUGUGGCUUUGCCUCAGUAAAGAAUCAGGCAAAAUAAUAACAACUCAUUGUACAUGUAUGGCUGGUAUGUCACAAACAUGCAACCAUGUAGCUGCGGCUCUUUUCCGAAUUGAAUCAGCUUCUCGAAUGGGUCUAAAUAACCCAUCUUGUACUUCAACAGCAUGCCAAUGGCUACCCAAUACUAAAGCUGUUGAACCUGUAAAAGUGAAAGACUUGAAGCUAAAGAGAGAUAGUAUAAACAAGCGAGGGAAAAAGCUGGUUGAAUUAAAUUCGGCCCGGAAGCGAAACUUUAACCCAAUCGCUAAAAGUAACUACAAACUUAAUUUAAAUGAUGUGGCUGCUGCUUUGAAAUCUGUGUGCAAUGAAUCAGAUUCUAUCUUGUUCACAGCUACACCUACAGAAAACUCUUGUGCAACAUCCAUGGAACCUUAUGCUUUUCAAGUUGAUUCCCUUGAAACUAUUAUUGCUGAUUCAACUUGCCAAGAAAACUUCUUGGCAAAGGUGUCUGAAUAUUUCACUGUGGAAAAUGUAAAAGCUGUUGAGGAAUUGACCAGAGGCCAAAAUCAGAACCCUAGCUGGAACAUAUUUAGAAGGCAUGUCAUCACUGCUUCAAAAGCUCAUGAUGUUAAAACAAGGUUCAGCACCUUGCAAAAAGCAUCUUCAUCCAAAUCUGAAAUAGACCUCACUUCUAUUUUUAAUAAGAUUUCAGGGAAAGACUUUGUAGAUCCAGAUUUGCCAGCUCUGCGAUAUGGGAGAUGCAUGGAAAAUGAUGCAGUAGAUUGCUUCAUUCAAAGUUUUAAAAAGAAUCACAAAGAUGUGACAGUUACUAAUUGUGGUUUGUUUCUUUACAAAGAGCUUCCAUUCAUAGGUGGUAGUCCAGACCGAAUUAUUGAAUGUUCUUGUUGUGGGAAAGCAUGUUUAGAAGUCAAGUGUCCUUUUUCAAUCAGACAUACAACUCCUAUAGACCCUACAGUUGAGAUGCCAUUUUUAAGGAAGAAUGAGGAGGAUAUUGUUCUGAACAGGAAACACAAAUAUUUUACUCAGUGCCAAGUACAGAUGGCCUCAGCUGAUAUAUCUGCCUGUUAUUUCUAUGUCUGGACACCCCAUGGCAGUUUCGUUGAGAAACUUGUUUUUGAUGAACCAAGUUGGUUGAAGAUGAAAAACACUCUGAAAGAAUUUUAUGUUAACUUUUAUGUUCCUCAUAUUAUUUGUAGUAAAGGAAGUACAUAAAUU